AAAAAUAAUAUUUUAUUUGAUAAAAACCAAUACAAAAGAUAUACAAAUAUGUGUGCGCAUAUCUUACUUAACUUAAGGUCAUACACUUAUCUCAUCUCCUAAUAGAUUAGUGUCAUUACACCAAACAUAUCACACAAACAGAAUGCCAACACUUUUCGACAUUCUGGGCGUGUCUGUAGCCCUCCUGGUCAUCACGUACGCUUACUUCAAAUGGCGCUUCCAAUAUUGGCGCCAAAAAAACGUACCAUUCCUCCCACCCACAGUCCCCUUCGGCAACUUCAACAUGUUGCGACAAAGAGACAACGGCGGCAUCCUUUUAAAAAAAUUCUAUGACGAGAUGAAAUCCCACGGAUGGAAACACGGAGGUUUCUACUCCCUCUUCCAACCCGGCUAUCUAGUAAUUGACUUGGACUAUUUGAAGAACAUCAUGACAAAAGAUUUCGACCAUUUCACCGACCGGGGCUUUUACUACAACGAGAAAGACGACCCUCUCAGUGCACACCUAUUUGCAUUAGGGGGCGAAAAGUGGCGUAAUUUACGAACCAAAAUAACCCCAACUUUCACCUCGGGAAAAAUGAAGCAAAUGUUCCAAAUUUUGGUCGACUGUACGCCGGAUCUAAUCGAACGAAUUGAUUCGUUUUGUCGUGAAAAAAAACCAAUCGAUAUUAAAGAAUUAUUGGGGUGUUUUACCACAGAUAUAAUCGGGUCGUGUGCUUUUGGUCUCCAGUUUAACACUUCGAAAGACAAGAAUUCGCCCUUUCGGGAGUAUGGACGCAAGGCUUUCACGCCAACAUAUUUCGAUAUUGUUAAGAUGACUUUUGCGAUGGCUUUCCCCAGACUGGCACUUGCACUCAAACUGAGAAUGACCCGGAAAGAUGUUUCAGAUUUUUUCCUCCAGCUUGUACGAGAUACAGUAAAGUACCGAGUGGAAAAUAAUUACAGUCGCAAGGAUUUUAUCCAAUUGUUGAUCGAUUUAAAAAGUCUGACAAUUGAGGAAAUAGCGGCCCAAUGUUUCGUGUUUUUUAUUGCCGGUUUUGAGACUUCUUCCACAACCAUGACGUUCGUUUUGUAUGAGUUAAGUCGAAGACAUGACUUGCAGCAAAAACUCAGAAAUGAGAUUAACACAGUUUUGGCCAAAUAUGAUGGCCAUAUGACAUACGAAGCCAUUCAAGACAUGAAAUAUAUGGACCAGGUCAUAAACGAAGCCUUACGAAUGUAUCCACCAGUUCCCCUCCUGAGCAGGAAAUGUGUCAAAGAUUACAAAAUCCCUGAUCAAGAAAUAAUUAUUGAUAAAGGUACCACGGUCUGUAUCCCAAUUUGGGGCAUUCAUUAUGAUAAAGAUUAUUAUCCUGAACCUGAGAUCUUUGAUCCUGAGAGGUUUAAUGAGGAUAAUAAAAAAUCAAGGCAUCAUUAUGCCCACCUUCCUUUCGGUGAAGGGCCAAGGAUUUGUAUAGGAUUACGGUUUGGUUUAAUGCAAACGAAAGUCGGGUUGGCAACACUGUUGCAAAAUUACAACUUUCGGGUAGCAGGAAGGACACAAGAACCGUUAAAGUAUAAAGUAGCGUCGUUUGUUUUAGCUGCAGAAGGAGAAAUUUGGCUCGAUGCUGAAAAGUUGUGACUGAACAGUUUUAUUUUCUAGUCUUGUGUUUUUUGUUGUUUGUUGUUCUUUAAUAAAAUACUUCAGAUACA